AUUCCCCUGGUUUUAUUACGUAAUGCUCCUUUUCCCCCUGUCCUCGCCCCGCUCCUCUCCCCGUCAAGAAAAAAAGCGUCGCCGUCAACGAUUUGCUCCUCCAUUUGGCGAUGUGAUGGAGAUUGCAGGCGCUGGGACAAGAGGCAGCAGCAGCACAGACCGUGGCACCGACGUCUCCUUAGCGACCACCCAACAUCUCCGUGCACCCAUUGACUUCUCCGCAGCAUAAUAGAACAGUCGUCUCUUUACUACGUAUCUUUGAUCCAGCACCCACGUAACCAGGCCACCCCUUCUCUUCAUCACAAAGCCCCUCGUCCUCUUGCCACACACAUAAAACGUCCGUUGAUACCUUUUUCCGUCUGACAGGCCAAUUCAACCCCACACCCAGUGUACAAUAUCCACAACGCAGUGAAACAGCACGCAUCAAACACAACCACACACAAUGGAGGAACCUAAUUGGAAGUUCAGCCAGUGCUUUGGCGAUAAAGGCGACAUAGAAAAUAUAACAGAAGCAGACAUAAUAUCCACCGUGGAGUUCGAUCACACGGGAGAGUUCUUAGCCACCGGUGACAGAGGUGGCCGUGUCGUUCUGUUUGAGAGAAACGAAACGAAGAAGAAUUGCGAGUACAGGUUUUACACCGAGUUCCAGAGUCACGACGCAGAGUUCGACUACUUGAAGUCCCUCGAGAUUGAAGAAAAGAUAAAUAAAAUCAAAUGGUUAAAAAGAUUUAAUCAGUCUAAGUUUCUUCUCUCCACAAAUGACAAGACCAUAAAGCUUUGGAAAGUUUUCGAAAAGCAGAUCAAAAUAGUGUCCGAAAACAACUCCAACAACAACGACGAAUUGAGCAACUUCUCUCCCAAAUCAACAGCAAACAUUACCAGACAGUUAUCCUCUUUCCAAACCAACCCCAAUCUAGUAACAGCUCUUAUAGAUUCCAACAGUGCCACAAUGGCAGAGAUAAAGUUGCCAAGAUUGACUUACCACGAUACAAUAACAGCCGCCCAACCGAAGAAAGUCUAUGCCAACGCCCAUGCCUACCACAUCAACUCGAUAAGUGUGAACUCCGACCAAGAAACCUUCAUUUCCAGUGAUGAUUUGAGGGUCAAUUUGUGGAACCUGGGUAUUGAGGACCAGUCUUUCAACAUUGUCGAUAUCAAGCCAGCCAACAUGGAAGAGUUGACCGAAGUCAUAACCAGUGCAGAGUUCCAUCCAUUGGAUUGUAACCUGUUCAUGUAUUCAUCGUCAAAGGGUAUGAUAAAGCUCAAUGAUAUGAGGAUGAACUCCUUAUGUGACAACCACUCGAAGAUCUUUGAGGAGUAUGUGGAUCCUUCGAACCAUAAUUUCUUUACGGAAAUCACGUCAUCGAUAUCAGAUGUCAAGUUCAGUUCCAACGGACGUUAUAUUGCAAGUAGAGACUACAUGACUGUCAAGAUCUGGGAUAUCAAUAUGGAAACCGAGCCAAUCAAAACAAUUAACAUCCAUGAACAAUUGAGAGAGCGUCUUUGUGACACUUACGAAAACGAUGCGAUUUUCGAUAAAUUCGAAGUCCAAUUUAGUGGUGAUAGUAAAUCCGUUAUGACUGGAUCAUACAAUAACAAUUUUAUGAUUUACCAAAACUCAGUUAGCCCCGAAUGUACGAUACAAGAACAAGAAAAUGAACGUGAGAUUGUACUGCAGGCCGACAAAUCGGCAUUCAAAGUCAAAAAGUCGAACUCGAACAAACGUAAGAACUUGUCGAUGCUAAAUAAGUUCGAUCCGGAUUCAAUCGACUUCAAGAAGUCCAUCCUGCAUUUGAGCUGGCACCCUAUGGAGAACUCUGUGGCAAUUGCUGCAACGAAUAAUUUAUAUAUAUUUUCGGCACUCUGAGUCGAUGUAAGCGAUAAUGUUUAAUGAUCGAUUUAUACUGUUGUAUCGAUAACCUACUAAAACCUACAGGUGUUUUUUGUCUUUUCUCUCUUUCUUGUUAUUAUCAAUAUAUAAGAAAUUUUAAAGAAGUUUUCCAG